UAAAAUAUAAAGAUGGCCGACUCAGCAAGACCGUUCUCCACCCCUCCUCCUUCUAUCGACCCGAGCGUUUUCGCCGCGUUACCACCUGACAUCCAAGAGGAGCUUCUCUCCUUACACAGCACCAGCGAUGCCGCCACGCCGUUUGCGCGCUCCUUCUCCGCUCCAGACGACGUUCAGGACGCCUGGACCUGCCGCGUCUGUACGUUCCAUAACCAUCCAGAGCUCGCCGAGUGCGAAAUGUGCGGAACUCUAUGCAUCGCUCUAGAAGCCGACGUCGAUACUCUACAGGACGCAGACUCUACAGGAUCUGAGUCCCGAUCUAGACUAGGACGAACCCUGCGCAGACUCCGCGUGCCUUCCACACCGGCCACCCUCAGCUUUUCACAGAAGCGAGAGCCUACCGCUGAAGACCUGCUAGUGGCAGCUACAACCAAGCUGCAAUCCGUUAAAGAAUCCUGGAAAGGACGACGAUCUCGGACCAAUUCUACGAGUCAGGACAAGAACGGUCCUGCAGGGUUUCCGUCACCGCAGGUUAUUCGAGAACUCACGGAGCUACAGAAGGACCUGACACGGAAGGUCUGCGCUGGCGACGAGUGGUUUGAGGCCUCAUUAGAGCGACUGUGGAGAGCUAAUGCCAGUCCCGAGACGGACUUUAGAGGAGGAGGCGUGCUGGCUGUGAAGUGUCUGCUGUACGCGUUUGAAGCGCAUCCGAUGGAGAUGAGGGCGAUUCAUUACGAGCAGAUGCCGGACGCGCAGGACGGGAAACACAAGAGAUGGUACCCGGUCUGUGUCGCUGGAAUCAACUUGACGUGCUUGUUGGCGGGGCUCUUGCAACUGGGAGACGGGAGGUUCGCAGACAAGAAGAACGCUUACUGGCCGCUCUUUGAAGAACCUGCCGCAUUCUAUGAGCUCUUCUUCUUGGGUAAGCGAAUCGAGGAGCAGUGUGGUUGA